GGUGCCGCCAGACCGCACCGCCCUGGCACCGCCAGCAAGCCAGCAAGCACGACGUGCAGCUGUCGGAAGCGGUGAUGGAGGGGGGCAGCUGACUUACAGCGGACCGGAGCUGACUUGCAGCUGACGUGCAGCUGACGCGUAGCUGACGCGUAGCUGGACCAAAAGCUGACGCGUAGCUGACGCGUAGCUGGACCAAAAGCUAACGCGCAGCUGCCGCAUAGCUGACGUGUAGCUGAGUGCAGCUGACGUUGGACUGACUCGCAGCUGACUCACAGCUGACUUCAGCGAGCCGCAGAUGGGCCAGAUGGCGUCGUCGACGUGCACCGCAGGCGGCUGCAAGGCGGGCAGAUGGCAGUCGCCAGGGUCGCCUCGGCGUCUGACGUCAGCAUGACGUCAGCAUGACGUCAGCCCGAUGUCAGUCCGAUGUCAGCGCGUCAGCCCGGCGGCGUGACAGGCAUGGGACAUGCUCAGCCUGAUGCCAGUCAGAUGGCAGCCUGAUGUCAGCCAGAUGGCGGCCCGUUCCGGGGGCUGCGGCCGGCCUGUAGUGGAUCAGGCAUAAGGGUCGGGAUGGCCGCAGGGUGGCCGAUGGCUGCUCGUGUCUGGUCUCACUUGCUGUUCGGCUACUACGUCGUCAUCGCCCUGCUGUCCCCGCUGUUCGCCGGCCAAGACCUGUCGCACCGCAUCCCCGCCGGCCCCACGGUCGAGGCGCCGCAGAGCAACAACCACAAGAACAUCUCGGACCUCCUGGACGACCUGCUGCGAGGCUACGACAACAGCGUCCGGCCCAACUUCGGAGGGCCGCCGGCCGUCGUCGAGGUGGACAUCAUGGUGAGGAGCAUGGGGCCGAUCUCGGAGGUCGACAUGACGUACUCCAUGGACUGCUACUUCCGGCAGAGCUGGGUCGACCGCCGCCUCGCCUUCCAGGGCAACAAGGAGACCCUGGCGCUGUCCAUCAAGAUGCUGCAGCGCAUUUGGAAGCCCGACACCUACUUCUACAACGGCAAGCAGUCCUACCUGCACACCAUCACCACGCCCAACAAGUUCGUGCGCCUGUACCAGGACGGCCGGGUGCUGUACUCCUCCAGACUGACCAUCAAGGCCGGCUGCCCGAUGCACCUCGAGGACUUCCCCAUGGACAUCCAGAAGUGCCCGCUCAAGUUUGGAAGUUUCGGCUACACGACGCGGGACGUCCUGUACCGCUGGAACCCGUCGCGCCAGGUGGCCAUCGCCGACGACAUGAAGCUGUCCCAGUUCGACCUGAUCGCCAACCCCGCCGCCAACCACACCGACAUCCUCAAGACGGGCGAGCACUCCAUGCUGCUGGUGUCCUUCCACCUGCAGCGCCACAUGGGCAACUUCCUGAUCCAGGUGUACGGGCCGUGCGUGCUGCUGGUGGUGCUGUCCUGGGUGUCCUUCUGGCUGAACCGGGAGGCGACGGCGGACCGCGUGUCGCUGGGCAUCACCACGGUGCUCACCAUGACCUUCCUGGGGCUGGAGGCGCGCACCGACCUGCCCAAGGUGCCGUACCCCACGGCGCUGGACUUCUUCGUCUUCCUGUCCUUCGCCUUCAUCUUCGCCACCAUCAUCCAGUUCGCCGUGGUGCACUACUUCACCAAGUACGGGUCCGGGGAGUGCUACUUCAGCGCGGAGCUGAUGUCGGACUCGGAGUCCGACGAGGAGGACGCCGCCUCCAGCCCCGCCGUGCACCUCCGCACCUCGGUGCGGGUGCAGCCCGCCGUCAGCAGCGCGCCGGGCCACGCCAGGCUCAGCCUCCAAGGGUCCCGGUCCAGCAGGAACAGUCGGCGGCGCCACAAGCCGCGGACGCCGCGGUUCAACUCCGUGUCGCAGAUCGACCGCGCCUCGCGGGUCGUGUUCCCGCUCCUGUUCCUCACCAUCAACAUCGCGUACUGGUGCGCGUACCUGUCGCGAUCGCAGCGCAUCGCCUGAGCGGCCUGAGCACCGCGCCUGCAGUUCGUUUCUCUCGCUCUCGCACCCUGACGAGGCGCCCCUUGAGUGCGACAGAGACAGUGACGAAACGGCGACUCCUGCAUCGUGCGCUCCUUGAACUGACUGGCCGGCAUUGCCCCGUUCAGAAACUUUUACCGAACACAACGAAUUGACAACUCUGGUAACGGAACUUUCGUCCCCAAAUCGUCAGUUGCACCAUUUGGUGUAUGCACAAAUUUUGAGGUGUAGUGUUGUUGACAGCCUCCAGAUUUUUAUUUUCUUUGUGCAUUGAUAAGAAAACCCAUUUGUUGAUUUUUUUAAGGAAAGGGUUUAUUUAUUAUUAUUAAGGAGUCAGAACUGUUGAAGUGUUGUUGGUUUGUUGGAUGGCUGGUUUGUGUUCCUUUAUUCAUCAUUCAAUGAGAUGUUUAUGAAAAAGAGUAGUUCCUGAACCUAUUUUAAGGUGUGUUAUGGCUAUCGGUUUAGUUGUAAGUGUCUGGGUGUAGAUAAUGAAAAUAAGUUAUGUGCGUCUGAUUUACUGUGCAUGCAUGUGUCCAAGUACCGAACAAGUAACUUACUUUCCGCAAUAAUGGCAAGUGUUUGAAACACUUUUUUUUGCCUGACUUUUUUAUGCUUAUCAUUAUCAAUAGUUGAGCCAAUGGUUUGUAGAGGUCCUUGGCUUAAAUUUGUCUUCUCAGUAAUAUGCAUCUGAACUAUUUUAGUCAAGCCCUGUUUGACUUCUAAAAAAAGUGCUCAUCACCAAGGCUCAGUGAAUGUCAGUAGUAAAUGCAUUAUUUAGAACAACACAUGUGAGGAACAUUCCAUAAAACUGUAGUUGAUCUGAGGAUUGAAUUAUGAUUUUUUCUUGCAAUUAUGUAGAUUUACAUUCAGAUUGAUACACAUUUACCUAGAUAAAUGUGUAGAAAAUUUUUCUGUGAAAUCUGUUUUGGGCUCUUGACUACUACAGUACCUACCUUGUAAAUGAACUUUGUUUCCUUGAUGCAAAUCCUUUGAAAUAAAUGCCAUGCAACAUUCAUCUUUUUCUGAACAGGAAUUCCUAGUGUAUUUGAAAGUGAAAUAUGUGUAGUGCAUGAAUGGAUGUUCUCAACAAAAGUGGUCAUAGAUUGUGCUCAUGAUUAACAUAAGUUUAACUUCCAUGUACACUUACUUGUGUUAAUUUGUUUGAUUUGUAAUGACAUUGGUUUUAUUUACCUAUGUGUUACACAUUUUUCAACAAAUGGUUUGUCAAAUUAUAUACAUGCAGGAAUAGCAUUCUGCUCCAAUGCA